UGGAAUGAAUAUCGUAGUUACUCUUUCGGUCUAUUGAUAACUCUAUCACAUUCGAUACAGAACAAUCUUGUCAAUUAUACAAUUCAACAGUAUACUAAGUUCUUUGCAUAGGAAAAAAUCUUUCAUUUUAACCAUGGAAUGGUGGGCGUAUAUAUGGAUUUUUGUUAGUUUCGCAAUAUUAUUAUCGAUCUUGGAAUCAUUUCAUCGGCGAGCCAGAGCGCGACGAGCUGCUGUUGUAGCUGAACAUGAUUUACAGUCUCAGAUCGUUUCACAACAUCAAUAUGUCUACACCAUUCAAAACAACCGAUGUGUACCAGUAAGCAACCAGUAUUCGAAUGGCGUAAUUAUGCGUCCAAAAGCUGAUGACUUACCACCUAAGUACGAAGAAGUUGUCGUUACAACCCAAAUUGACAACCGACCACCUCAAGUGCAUCAACCAUAUAUUCAUCAGCAGCGAUCUGCUUUUUAACAUUUUACAAACGGCUAUAUCAUCUGCUAACGAUGGCGAGAGCAAAAACUUGGCGGAUGUGCUAAUGAAGUAAAAGAUUUUGUAUCAUUCUGUUGAAAUAUUUCGAUUAAAGGUGGUAACAGACUCGAUGUCUAUACUGGUGAUAUGCAUGCCGUCUGCAAAAUGUUUACAAAAUCUAUUUCUAUCGACCAUACUAUCAUAACUGUGACAGAAGUGUUUUCCGUAAGUUGUUCAAAAAAAUACGAUAAAAUUACAGGCCACAUUUCGGUAAUGAAA